AAAAAAACUGUGUUUGUGUAUUUGUAUUGAGAAAAUCUUGUGUCUGAGAAACGCAGCGCCUGCAGCCCCGCCUUUGAGUGCGAUAUUUAUCUGCACUUCCGUUGUUGUUAGUUAGAGUGAUGACAAAUAAAGCAACAUGACCGAAAAGAUAACACUUGCCGAUGCCCUGUCCAAUGUAGAGGUGCUGGACGAGAUACCGCUGCCCGACGAGCAGCCCUGCAUUGAGGCCCAGCCCUGUUCAAUUAUCUACAAGGCAAAUUUUGAUACGAAUUUCGAGGAUCGCAAUGGAUUUGUUACGGGCAUUGCCAAGUACAUCGAGGAGGCGACUACGCAUGCAAAUUUGAAUGUUUUACUUGACGAGGGACAGAAGCAUGCCGUCAUGCUAUACACCUGGCGCUGCUGCUCCCGCGCCAUACCGCAGCCCAAAUCUAAUGAGCAGCCCAAUCGCGUGGAAAUCUAUGAGAAGACCGUGGAGGUGCUUGCGCCGGAAGUGAAUAAAUUACUCAAUUUCAUGUACUUUCAACGCAAGGCAAUUGAGGCCUUUUCGGGCGAGGUGAAACGUCUGUGUCAUGCAGAGAAACGCAAAGAUUUCGUAUCGGAGGCAUAUCUGUUGACGCUUGGCAAAUUCAUCAACAUGUUUGCCGUGCUCGACGAGCUGAAGAACAUGAAGUCGAGCGUAAAGAACGAUUAUUCGACCUAUCGACGUGCUGCGCAGUUCCUGAAAGUGAUGUCCGAUUCGCACACACUGCAGGAGUCACAGAAUCUAUCAAUGUUCUUGGCCACCCAAAACAAAAUACGUGACACCGUCAAGGAUACGCUGGAGAAGAUCGUUGGCUACGAGGAUCUACUGUCGGAUGUGGUCAAUAUCUGUGUGCACAUGUUUGAAACGAAAAUGUAUUUGACGCCCGAGGAGAAGCACAUGCUUGUCAAAGUUAUGGGCUUUGGUCUGUUUCUCAUGGACAGCGAUGCGUGCAACAUCAAUAAGCUGGAUCAGAAGAAAAAGAUACGUCUGGACCGCAUCGAUCGUAUCUUCAAGAACCUGGAGGUGGUGCCGCUCUUUGGAGACAUGCAAAUUGCUCCAUUUAACUAUAUAAAACGCAGCAAGCACUUUGAUUCCAGCAAAUGGCCGUUAUCCAGCUCAAAUGCCAUCAGCCCACAGGCGGACUUGAUGGUGCAUUUGCCGCAGAUACGUGAGGAUCAUGUCAAGUAUAUAUCCGAGCUGGCACGCUACACCAACGAGGUGACCACCACCGUCAAGGAGAAUCCUUCGGAUGCUGAGAAUCGCAUCACCGCAGAUCUUGCACUGCGCGGUCUGCAGCUGCUCUCCGAAUGGACCAGCGUCGUCACCGAGCUGUACUCGUGGAAGCUGCUGCAUCCAACAGAUCAUCAUCAGAAUAAGGAUUGCCCCGUAGAGGCGGAGGAAUAUGAGCGCGCCACACGCUACAAUUACACAUCCGAGGAGAAGUUCGCACUGAUCGAGGUAAUUGCCAUGAUCAAGGGUCUUCAGGUGCUAAUGGCACGCAUCGAGACGGUUUUGUGUGAGGCAAUAAGACGCAAUAUCUACUCCGAGCUGCAGGACUUUGUGCAGCUAACACUACGCGAACCGCUCCGCAAAGCGGUCAAGAACAAGAAGGAUUUGAUACGCAGCAUCAUUAUGUCUGUGCGUGAAACCUCGGCCGAUUGGCAGAAGGGCUUUGAGCCCACCGAUGAUCCGGUGUCCAAGGGCAAGAAGGAUCCCGAUGGUGGCUUUCGCAUACAUGUGCCCCGCCUGAAUGUGGGCCCCUCAUCCACGCAGCUGUACAUGGUUCGCACCAUGCUAGAGUCCCUCAUCGCCGACAAAAGUGGCGGCAAGCGGACGCUGCGAAAGGACAUCGAUGGCAACUGUCUCAUGCAGAUCGAUACGUUCCACAAGACAUCCUUCUAUUGGAGCUACCUGCUCAAUCUAAGCGACACGCUGCAAAAGUGCUGCGAUCUAUCCCAGCUAUGGUAUCGCGAGUUCUAUCUGGAAAUGACCAUGGGCCGCAAGGUGAACAAGUGCCUGGUGCGGCAUCAGCACAACGAGGAAUGCAAGGAUCUGAUCACCAUGGAAAAACGCAUACAGUUCCCCAUUGAAAUGUCCAUGCCUUGGAUAUUAACUGAUCACAUACUCCAGACCAAGGAGCCAUCCAUGAUGGAAUUUGUCUUGUAUCCCUUGGACUUGUACAACGAUUCGGCACACUAUGCGCUGACUGUCUUCCGUAAGCAAUUCCUCUACGACGAGGUGGAGGCUGAGGUCAAUUUAUGCUUUGAUCAGUUUGUCUAUAAGCUAAGCGAACAGAUAUUUGCCCACUACAAGCAGCUGGCAGGCAGCAUUUUUUUGGAUAAACGUUUUCGCCUGGAGUGUGAGGUGCUUGGCUUCAAUUUCCAAUCUUAUCCACGCAAUAAUCGCUACGAGACGCUGCUAAAGCAACGCCAUGUGCAGCUCUUGGGCCGUUCCAUUGACCUGAACAAACUGAUUACACAACGCAUCAAUGCAAAUAUGCACAAGAGCAUCGAAUUGGCCAUCAGCCGCUUUGAGGGCAACGACAUCACAGGCAUUGUGGAACUUGAGGGGCUUUUGGAAGCCAAUCGCAUUUGUCAUAAAAUGCUCAGCAAGUAUUUGGCAUUGGAUAACUUUGAUGGCAUGGUUAAGGAGGCUAAUCAUAAUGUGCUGGCGCCCUAUGGUCGGAUCACAUUGCAUGUUUUCGUCGAAUUGAAUUACGAUUUUCUGGUUAACUACUGCUAUAAUGCGGCCACAAAUCGCUUUAUACGCACCAAAGUCAAUUUGUCGUCCUCACAGGCCAUACAGCGUGAGAAACCGUCGCAGAUGUCGCAUUAUUAUCUCUGGGGCUCAAAGCAGCUGAAUGCUGCAUACUCCACACAGUUUGGCCAGUAUACGGGCUUUGUGGGUGCACCGCAUUUUCAUGCCAUGUGCCGGCUGCUGGGCUAUCAGGGAAUCGCUGUCGUCAUGGAUAUUAUAUUGAAGGAUAUUGUCAAGCCGCUGAUACAGGGCUCGUUGCUGCAGUUCACCAAAACUUUGAUGAUUGCCAUGCCCAAAUCUUGCAAAUUGCCACGCUGCGAAUAUGGUUCGCCCGGCGUGCUCAGCUAUUACCAGGCGCAUCUAACGGACAUUGUGCAAUAUCCGGAUACCAAAACGGAGCUAUUUCAAUCGUUCAGAGAGUUUGGCAACUGCAUCAUCUUUUGCCUGCUCAUCGAGCAGGCCCUGUCGCAGGAGGAGGUCUGCGAUCUGCUGCAUGCGGCGCUCUUCCAAAACAUCUUUCCGCGUCCCUUCUGCAAAGAAAAUGAAAAACCAGAGGCCAAGCAGAAACGUCUAGAGGCGCAGUUUGCAAAUCUGCAAAUCGUUUCCAAUGUAGAGAAAAUUGGCACAGCCAAGCAAGCGAUGAUAGCACGAGAGGGAGAUCUGCUGACACGCGAGCGUCUUUGUUGCGGCCUGAGCAUAUUUGAGGUAAUAUUGAAUCGGGUCAAGAGCUAUUUGGAUGAUCCCGUCUGGUGUGGGCCACCGCCCGCUAAUGGCAUCAUACACGUGGAUGAAUGCUCCGAAUUUCAUCGGCUGUGGUCCGCGCUGCAGUUCGUCUAUUGUAUACCCGUGCGCGGCACCGAGUACACCAUCGAGGAGCUGUUCGGCGAGGGCCUCAACUGGGCUGGCUGCGUCAUGAUUGUGCUGCUUGGCCAGCAGCGACGCUUUGAGGCACUCGACUUUUGCUAUCACAUCUUGCGCGUGCAGCGCGUUGACGGCAAGGAUGAGGAUGUGAAAGGCAUUCAACUGAAGCGCAUGGUGGAUCGCAUCAGACGCUUUCAAGUAUUAAACUCACAAAUCUUUUCAAUACUUAACAAAUAUCUGAAGGGCGGCGACGGCGAGGGCUCAAAUGUGGAGCAUGUGCGCUGCUUUCCGCCGCCACAGCAUCCCUCGGUCAUAUCCUCGUCGUCGCACUAUCAGGAUCCACAAAAGCUGCGGCAAAGCAUGAACAAUUGAGCAUGUCAUGAUGUCUUGCAUUUAAGCUAAUCGUAGGCACUUACGUUAAUAUUUAAUCCGAAUUACAAGCUACUCACACAAUAUGCGGGCAUGUACGCUGAGUUUUGCAAAUCAAAACUAAGCAUGUGCCACAGCCAGAGAUAUAUACAUUCGAUUUUAUUACAUUUGUUUAUUAUUACCCUAUUUUUGUGGUAUAUACUCUACACAUUAUGUAUAUUGAAUUAUGCAAAUUAUACGCUGCUCUAGAUUUAUAGAUUUAACAAAAUUCCACGCUACAAUUUUUCCAA